AUGUGCCUUCUUAUUGGUUUUAUAAUAAUACUUUAUGUGUUCUAUCGUUUAUACCAACAUUUUUUUCCGACACCAAACAUCAAUCCUAAUGGCAAAUAUGUUCUUAUUAGUGGUUGUGAUACUGGAUUCGGUCAUGGAUUAGCUAUUGAACUUGAUAAACAAGGUUUUAAUGUUCUUGCUGGUGUCCUUCGUCCUGACAAUGUAAUCUCUCUUAAAGAAAAACUUUCAUCAAGAGCAACAGUUUUUCGCCUUGAUAUUACCAACAAAGAGGAUAUUGAUGCCGCAUUUAAAUUAGUCAACGAAAAAAUCAAAGUUCUUCAUGCACUUGUUAACAAUGCUGGUAUUGGUGUAGGUGGCCAUAUUGACUGGACAUCAAUGGAAGUUAUGCGUGAAGUGAUGGAUGUUAAUUAUUUUGGACAUGUUGCAAUGACAAAGAGAUUUUUACCCUUACUUAUUGUUAAACGUGAUUCGCGUGUUGUUAAUAUUUGUUCUGUAGCUGGUUAUCUCGCAUUACCAAGUAUGUCUGCUUAUUGUGCAUCAAAAUAUGCUCUUGAAUCAUUUUCGGAUUGUUUACGUCGAGAAAUGGUUCCAUGGAGUUUGCGUGUUAGUAUUAUUGAACCAGGAUUUAUGCGAACACCCAUUAUCAAAGGAGAUGGUAAAUCAUUUGCAGAUUUUUGGAGUCAACUUUCAAAUGAUGUUCAAGAGCGAUGGGGAGAAAAUUUUCUUAAAACCGGAUUUAAUACUAUAAAAGAUAGUCCAUUCUUGAAACACGCCGAAGAUCCUACGAAAGUAGUACAAGCUCUUCAACAUGCUGUCAUGAAUACAGUUCCUCAUAUUCGUUAUCGACCUGGUUGGCAAUCAAGUCUUAUUUUUUUUCCAGUUUCUAAUUUACCUGCUUGGAUCGUUGAUUGGCUUUUGAGUAAAUUAGAUCAAUCAACUGAUGUUCCCGCAAGCGUUAACAAACAAUACAAUGAUUAA